GCCAAGACAUACGCCUUGUCAGGGAUUAGAGAGGUUCGUCCAGUCGUUGUUUUCCACACAUAUAAAGCGGUACCCUAGGGCGCGCAACGCAUAUUUGAAACCAAAUUCGAAGCAGCGCUGGCUAGCUAAGUUUGUUUCUUAUUUCCACCAUCAUCCAACCAUGGCCAACUUCACUUGCGGUCAUGAUCUGCCCAAAUCACGCAUCGGCGUCAACCUCGCCUACGUCCCCCGGGACAGUACCAACCGAUGCCCCGAUUGCCAAAUCAAGACCCCGUCGGGCAUCAUCGCGCUGCUAAAAAACCUACAGAAACCGCGGGACAUCGUGAGGACGUCGCUGAUCAAGUCGCCGACCCCGAAAUCGCCGCUCGCUCGGACCUCCUCCUCCUCCAUCAUGCGGUCGCCGCUCUCGCGGUCCUCGUCGACGGCAUCUCUCAGCGCGACGACGACGACGAUACGGGCGAUGGACACCGCGAGCAUCAACCAGCACGUGAUGACGUUCGCGUUCGACGCGUUCGCGCAGAAGCGCAAGGCCGCCGCGAUGGGCUUCAAGGAGCGCUACGAGGAGAUGCUGGACGCGUGGGGCGAGACGGCGUACCGGCUGCUGGACCGCCGCCAGAUCUCCAGCUUCGCCAUGACGGCGCGCGGCCGCUGGGGCAGCGACGUCACGAGGCAGGCCCUCCGCGCCGUCGCCACCGCGUCCCUCAAGCUCAACGGCGUAUACGCACCCAUCGAGCCCGAGACCGCGGAGCUGUUGACGACGAUAAAUAGGAUGAUCUCGCUCAUGCGCCAGCGCGCGGCCGCCGUCGAGACCUGCGAGCAGCUGUAUAUCAUCUUCCAGGGCGCAGAGACGCUGCGCGUCUUGAGGGUCGACGUCAAUAUUGCGCUGGCGCAGCUUGAGGAGGGGCUGACCAGGUGGGAGGCCGCUGCUGCUGGUAAGUAACGUUUUUUUACUCUCUCUACCUACCUACCUGCCUGCCUGCCUGCUUUCCUGCAUAGCUGCCUGAGGUGUUUAGUAGUUUGAUAAAAAUGGAAUUUUGGAUCUGCUCAUUGUUGAGUUUACUUACCUAGGUACUUACCUAGGUACCUGGCUACAUAAUUUUACUGAGGUACCUGUUUGUGGGAUAUUCGGGGUUUUUUUUCCACUGCAAUUGUGAUGUCCUUUGCUUACUUUAAUGUGAACCUUUUAGACUUGUAAUCUUCCUCUCCUUUGCUCAUUUAGGGGUAGUUAAGACCCUGAGCUUAAGUGAUCUAAAUCUUUUCAAAGUCUCAUUAUUAACCUAGGCGUCACUAUACUAGUUACAAGUGUGAAAGGACAAAGAUGCGGAAACGUUUUAAUAAGUAGGUAUUUGUAGGUAGUUAUGUAGG